AUCAUUACCACUCCACUGCCCAAAUCAAAAUCAAAUGCAAAAAAUACCAAUUUCGAGAAAACCCAAAUCCCAAAAUGCCACCGAAGAAAGUUUGGAAGAAAAAAGAGCCUUUUCCUCCUCCUCCUCCUCCUCCUUCUGCUCCAUUUUCUGCUCCUUCUUCAUCUUCGAAAAAGCAAACUAAGAAAGUAUGGAGGAAGAAAAAGGAGACCACCCGGAACUGGCUGGAACUCCCAAGGGACGUGACGGCGUCGAUUCUACACAGACUCGGGGCAGUCGAGAUACUGGAGACCGCGCAGAAGGUGUGCAUGCUGUGGCGCAGUCUCUGCAAAGACCCCUCCAUGUGGCGCGCCAUCGACAUGCGCAAUAGCUACUGCACACGUAGUCUCGGUGACCCCAUUAACAUGCCAAUGCGAUACUGUCUCGAGAAGAUGUGCAUUCACGCCAUCGAUCGCAGUUUCGGCCAGCUGCUAGAUAUCAACAUCGAGAACUUUGGCUCAGACGAGCUCCUCAUCUACAUUGCCCAAAGUUCAAGUCAGCUUAGACGCCUUCGUCUUGUAUGUUGCGAUAGCAUUUCAGAAAAGGCAUUGAGGGAAGCAGCUGCAAAACUUCCAUUAUUGGAGGAGCUAGGCAUUACGCUUUUUUUAUUGCCAAAAGAAUCUCUGGAAGAUGUGGGGCGCUGUUGUCCUCUUUUGAAAUCAUUGAAAUGGAAUCAGAAGUGGGAUGCUGCUGACAAAGAGUGUGAUGAGGAGGCGGUUGCUAUUGCAAAGAACAUGUGCGAAUUACAUCACCUCCAGCUUAUUGGAAAUCAGCUGACUAAUGAUGGCUUGCAGGCCAUACUUGAUGGUUGUCCUCACCUUGAAUCACUUGACUUAAGGAGAUGUUUCAAUGUCACUUUGUCAGGCAAUUUGGGGAGAAGAUGUGCUGAACGGAUUAAAAACUUGCGGCAUCCCAAUGAUUCCAUGGAUGGUUAUGAAUUCAUUGCUGAACAGAGCUUGUAUCUUUCCAGUGAUUCCACUGAUGACUAUGAAUUCGUUGAUGACAUUUAUGAUGAUGAUGGAUCUUUUGAUGAUGACUUUGAUGACAUUCAUGAUGAAGAUGGAUCUUUUGGUGAUGAAUAUGAAUUUGUUGCUGACAUACAUGAUGAUGAUGGAUCUUCUAAUGAGGAAUCCAACCACAUUCAUGAUGAUGAUGGAUCUUUUGAUGAUGACACAGACAACAUUCAUGAUGAUGAUGAAUCUUUUGAUGAUGACUCUGACGACAUUCAUGAUGAUGAUGGAUCAUUUGAUGAUGACUCUGAUAACAAUCCCAUCGACUCUGAUGAUGAUGAAUCUUUUGAUGACGACCCCGAUGAUGAUGGAUCAUUUGAUGAUGACUCUGAUAACAAUCCCAUUGACUCCGAUGAUGAUGAAUCUUUUGGUGAUGACCUCGAUAAUGGUGAAUCUUUUGAUGAUGACUCUGAUAACGAUCCUAUCUACUAGUAUCCAAUUAAUGACCUCAGAGUUUUUUGGCUAGUCCUUUUGUAUAGUGCAUCUACACAAAAUGACUUUUGUGCUAUACUUUUGAAUAUUUUGUGUUAGGAGUACUUUGGUGAUUAGAUUUGAAAUUUUUA